UUACCGUUAGUGGUAGUCGAGACACAGAUGUACGCUGUACAUCAAUAUUGAUUCUAGAACAGUCUGCUUUGUGCUCUCGCUGUACUUUGACGUCAUACGCCGUUCAAGUCUGCGCAGCGCUGUAUGCAUAUUAUGUAUAUUCAAUCUAUCCGUCGUACCUGUGUCCUUGUCGACGUCACACGAAACCCACGUCGUAAUCGACCUCUUUCCAAAGUCUGGAAAAGGCAGUUUACAUUAAUAACUUCGAGAUAAAAUUCGACUAUCCGACUAUCACGUGAGUUUGUUGUGUGUGUGACCGAAGCGCCAUUUGGAAGGCAUAGAUUAUAAAAAUACUUAAUGCAGUGUAAAAACUGCAAAUUCAGCAGUUCGAGUGAAGAGGUCCUUCUAAAGCACUAUCGGCUGCAUCACCCAAGCAUUUCCAGCUGGCCUUGUAUUCAUACGGGGUGUGUUUGUGUCUUCAGGACAGCAGGCUUAGAGACCGAGUCCUUGUGACCCUGAGGACAUACCUGCACCAUUAAACUUGCCUGAUGGCUUUACUACUGCGAGUUGUCAUUUCGUCAACUGAUGCCCGGCGACUUCAGCUUUUUGAAGUGCCACAGUCUGUGGAGUCCCUUAUUAGUAUUCUGAAGGAGAAACUGCAGUUACAAGGACAGUUUGUCUUGCAGUUUGAAGACCCUGAUUUUGGGAAUGCCCUUUGCAGCCUGACUGACAUCUCGGAACUGCCCAGUGACAAAGCAGUCUUGCAUAUUCAGUGGUGCAAUUCAUCAUUGUCUGAAACCAGCCUUUCUGUGUCAUCUCUUGAUACUGCUAGUGUUGAUGACUCUGAUGGAUCCUUGACCAGCACCACAGCCUCUGUACAAAGGUAUUUGCGCACAACCUCAGAAUGGCCACUGCCAUUCCCCAUCCCACCCCUGUCAUUUGAUGUCGAGCUAAAACUACGACGAGGCAAUGAGACAUAUGCAGAAACACAGACAGGCAUUGAUGUGACCAGAGACAUAAAGAUGGAGAUUCUUGAUAAAAUAGUUCAGGCUGUUUUUGACAUAAAGGCAUAUCCUAACAAUCAAGAAAUUGAGUCCAUUGCAUCUGCACUGAUUUCCAAGUAUCCAUGCCUUAAGGAGCCUGGCAAAGGUAAGGGCUAUGAAGGAUGGUUGAUCAGCCUAAAGAACAAGCUAAACAAUUACCGUUCAAAAUUGAGAGCAGCAGGCUGCAAUGAAGUUAGUGUGAACAAGAAGCGUAAGGAUGUUGAACAUGGACAUGGUUUCACCAUGAAAAAAGCAAAGCGUGGAGAAGUGAAUUUUGUCCCAGAACAUCCAUGCAACCACACUGAUGCUUCACUUGAAGAACAAAGACGUUUAUUGAUCGAUGAAACCAAAAAGGCAAGAAGCAGCAUGGUGGUCAUAAGUGAAAAAAUGGAAUUAACCUUUUCCCUGAGGAGAAAAGAAGUGGUAGAAGAUCAACCAAUGGUUGUAGACGUGCAGCAGAGGUGGCCUGCACUUUUUCUCCAGGAGCAGAUUGCUGAGGAAUUCUUCAGAAUCACGAAUAAAGACCUUCUUGAUGUCUUCAGGGCAGCUAUGGAUAGAUUUACACCUAAGCUCUUGAAAUUAUACAGAGCUAGAAAAGCUGCAUUUGGAGAGGACAUGGAACAGCUCCUAGAAAGACUUGAUGAAAGGGUGACCGAUGUUGUUAAUCACAGAAGGACUACUGCUUUGAAAGGCCUGCCUUUGUUUCUUCGAGAGGACCCAAACAAGCUGUUCAUGACAUGCAAAGACACCGAAGAUGGGGCAAAAGGAGUGUCUAUUGCCAUUCUGUGUGUUUUGGAAGAUGAAACCCAGGCGACAUCACCCGAGGUUGUGAACAUUGCUGUUGUCUUGGAGCAGGUCGUCGUUUUGAAAGAUCUCCCAGAUAUUUCUACUGCUCUUGCAUACCUUUUUGGCCUUCUGUAUGCAUUAAACAUGUCCUAUCCUCAAGCUCUUAAGUACACUUUUGACACCAUUCAGAAUGUUUUCAUGGAGCUGGGAUCUGGAUGCACCAAACGUGUACUUUCUCUGAAGAACAAACUGUUGUAAAGAAAAUAAGAACAGUGUUUUUGGGAUCCUUUUUGGCGUUCAUUUGUUACAAGACCUAAAGUGCGCUUGGAUACAAGGUCUGGGGAUUCUUUUAGUUGGCAUCUCUGUUUCUUGUUACAGAUGUCAAACUGUUCCAAAUGCACCAAAAUGUGUGCUUUCUCUGAAGAACAAACUGUUGUAAAGAAAAUCAGAACAGUUGUUUUGGGAUCAUCUUUGGCGUUCAUUUGUUACAAGACCUAAAGUGCAGCUUGGAUACAAGGUGAUUAUUUUAGUUGGCAUCUCUUUUUCUUGUCAUCAGAUGUCAGACUGUUCUUAAAGUGUACAGUACAGCAUACCAUACCAGGUUAGUGGUUGCAGUAAGCAUGUCUGUUCUUAUAAAUGGUUGUUUAAAAUUGAGGGAUAGUUCAUCCAAAAAUUAAAAUUGUCACAUUUUGUCACUCUUAUUUUGUUACAAACCUGUAUAAAUGUCUUCGUUCUGAGGAACAUGAAGAAAGAUGCUUUGAGGAAUGUUUGUAACCAAACCGUUCAUGAGCCCCAUUCACUUUUAUAGUAGGAAAAAAGAAUACUAUAGAAUCGAAUGGGGCUCGUGAUCUGUUUGGUUACAAACAUUCCUCAAAAUAUCUUAUGUUCAUCAGAACAAAUACAUUUAUACAGGUUUGUAACAACAUGGGAGUAAGAAAAUGACACUAUUUUCAUUUUUGGGUAAUCUAUCCUUUUAAACAAAACUGUAAAAAUGUGUUUUAAAUGUUGGUUUAAAUGUGGUAAUUUGAAAAGGUUUAGAUUACGGAACAUGUCAAGACAUUAAAAACAUUUUAUUGUUGAUACAAAGAAAAAUCCUAAAUUGAUACCAACAAGUUUUAUGCUGUUUUUGUGUAUAUUUAAGUGAUUUAAUGAGAAAUUGUAUUGCACUGAUUUUUGUUGGUGUUAAAAAUUCUGUAUGCUUAGUGUAUGCAAAAUUUAAGUUCCUACUGAAGAUGGAAUCUGGACUUUUUCUUUAAAGUGCAGCUGUUGUGUCACAACUUUAAAAAAAAGUUAAAUAUUGUGAACCGAGUUUGUGCUAGUGUAGCAUCUUAUUUCUAAUUGAAAUAAAUGAUAAAGUAAAUGUUUUAUGAUCUGUCUUUAUUUUGCCAAUUGAACAUUUCUCAUCCACAAAACAUAAAAAAGCUAAUUAACUGAACAACAGCAAUUGCAGUGACAUAAAUAUAAUUAUUAGGAAAAUUAAAAAAUCAGGAUUGCGUAAACAAGCAAGUGUUAGUUGGCUAACAUGCAUAAUAAUUUUGCCAAUUGAAAAUUCUUCAUCCACAGAACAUAAAAAAGCAAAUUAACUGAACAACAGUAGUUGGUGUAAAACAAAAAUCUUAAUUGGGAAAAUAUGAAAAUCAGAAUUGCAAAAACAAGCAAGUGUUAGUUGGCUGAACAUUGUAUCAUUACUAUGUGUAAUUAUUUAAAAUACAUUGAGACAACGCAAAAGUCUUAAUGCAUCAGGUUGACUCACUUUUUUGCGUUUUCGCAGCAAUUUUUU